AUGACCAGGGACAGAUAUGAUGUCGAUCUAUCGAUCAUAAACGACAGAGAACGCUCCGCAGAAAUUCAAUUUUCGGCUCAGGAGCACAUACAAGACGAAAACCAACAGACCGUGGCGAAUCAUCGCAUGCCUAUGGCUCCGACUCAAAUCGCCAAACACAAUGCGCUUAGCUGGAGAACAGAUCCGGUUUCUUCCUUUAGUGAUUGGAGGAUAGUCAUCUACUCCAUCUCCAAAGAAGCUUCAGUCACUCAAACAAACUUCUUUUGUCACUCAAACGUGUUGGCGUGGGGGCCACGCAAAGGCAACUUUUUUGUCGAGUUAUUCGAAAAACAACGAAGGAAGUCGGAUAUCCUCGUGAGCAAAAUCAAAAUGAAUGAGGAGGAGGCAAAAAUGAUCCCGAUUGUCCUUGACUUUAUGUACUGCGGAUCAACGUUACCGUUAUCAGCAGAUCGAUUACAUAUCCUCUAUGGACUUGCUGAGACUCUUGAUAUUCCAAAGCUGAAAGAAGCGAUGCAGCUGUUUGUUCAAAACGCAAUGGAUUUGAACCAACUGGUUGACUUCCUUACUUUUGUUUCGGAUCGGAAUAUUGGAGCUACGAUACAACGGCUUGUGCUCUUGGCGGAAUCCAGACUGUUUGGUUUCUUGGUUGAGAACGUCGAGCGAGGUUCUUUAGUUCCACCACAAAUCUUGUAUCGAAUACUACAAAAGCGAAAGCAAUGUAUUGGUGUUCUAAAGAAAAGGAACCCAAUCAAGUACACACGAAGGUGGGAGAACGAACGAUCCAAAGUGAUUGGUAGGAUAAUUGGCGAAUGCUGUGUUCAAGCGGUGAAUACAAAUAGACCAUCGCCAUCUCUCACACUUCGGAUGCUUGAGACAAUUACAAACCGUGCUAUUUUACCCGCAAUCGACGGCGAAACAGCACUCAAAAUUCUGCAAGUGGAGGGUGUGCUCGUUCAAAUGUCGAAAUGUGGAUCUGAACACGCCCAGCACGAGUCUAGAAUGAACGAUACCAACCUAUUGCAACUGGAAAAGCGAUGUAUCUUGAUGCUUGUUCCAGAGUGGAGAAGGAUGUUGAGGGAUAAUCGACCUUCCAUUGCUGUGGCGAUGAAAACUUUCACUCCAACAGCCUUGGCAGAACUUUUACUAUCUGUUUCUGAAAUGUAUGAGAUUGGCACGUCUGCGCCUGAACCCAUUUCUACUGCAUACCUUGAAAACAGUGCUUUCCAGAUAGGGCAUUCGGAAGCAGACGUUUUAGAAGAAAUGGUAGCCGAAGAGUCUUUUAUUGAUCGUUUUUAA